AUGUUUACAGGCCUAGUACGCCUCCCCGCACGACGCUCGUCUGCCCGUCUCAACCCCGGUCCCACCCCCACCGCAGAUCGAGCACCUCGGCACCGUCGUCGACAUCGCGCACGACGCCGGCGGGUGCGCGCUCACCGUCGGGACUCCGCCGCGAUCCUCGGCGACUGCCACGUCGGGGACUCGAUCGCGGUCAACGGCGCGUGCCUGACCGUCGUCGAGUUCGACGGCGCGCCCGCCGCGCGCGGCGGCUGGUUCAAGGUCUGGCUCGCGAACGAGACGCUGGACAGGACGGACCUGGGCGAGCGCAAGGUCGGGGACCAGGUCAACCUCGAGCGCGCGAUGGGCGCACACGUGCGGUUCGGGGGCCACUUCGUGCAGGCGCACGUGGACGCCACCGCGACGCUCGUCGAGAAGGCCGCGGACGGGGACUCGCUCCGGCUGCGGUUCGAGCUCCCGGCGGCGACGGCGGCGCGGCCGUCGCUGCUCCCGUACCUCGUCCCGAAGGGCUACGUCGCGCUCGACGGCGCGUCGCUCACGCUGACCGCGGUCGACGACGCCGCGCGCGCGUUCGCGGUCAUGCUCAUCACGCACACCCAGGCCAAGAUCACGCUCGGGCGGAAGCCGCUCGGCGCGCGCGUCAACGUCGAGGUCGACAUGCUCGGCAAGUUCGUCGAGAAGAGCGUGCGCGCGGCGCUCGGCGCGGGCGCGGACGGGGCCGCGGGCCCGGUGCGCGCGCUGGUGGAGAAGGUGGUGGAGGAGGUGUUGGCGAAGAAGGGGAUUGCGUGA